AUGAAACAAAAAUACAAGUUCAAACCGUUUACCGGAAAACUAUUCUUAUUAGCUUCGUCAAGCAAAUCAAAAACUAAACGUAAACGCAUCAAAGUUAAACAUGAAACAACGAUUCGAGUCAAUUUCGCAUCAAACAACUAUUUCUCAAUCAUUCCUAACGAAUUGAUCCAAAAUAUUUUUGACUAUCUAUAUGAUGAACCCAAAUCCCAAUAUUCUUUGGGGUUUACAUGUCACAACUUAUACCAACAGUAUCAACAUUUUAUUUGGAAUCUGUCGAUUUUUAAAUUUCAUGGAAGGCUUAGAGAUCCCCCUUUGUUUUUCGAAGUAACAAAAUUUAAAAAAUCAAAAAAGUUAACAAAAGUUACUUUUCACAAAAGAUAUUCAUAUUGUUCUUGGUGUAAGAAAAACUCGCUUUCAUGCAAACCAAAAUAUCCUUGUGGAUGCUGUGUAGGUGAUUGUAAGAAGACCGAAGUUACCAAAAAACUUUUCACCAAUAGUCAAGGAGUAAGAUAUGUUAAAUCAAUCGCUCCCUACUGGUCGAGUAAUAUUUACCUGAGACAUGUUGAUGCGAUAGAUGAUAUUAUAACAAAGAGAUGUAGAAAAUGUCGAAAGAAAGCUAUUUGUUCUAAGGUUAUGUUGUUAAAUGGUACUUGUGAUGUAGCUAUGUGUCCUUAUAAUCAAGUCCAAGAAAUAAUGUUCUCAGAGUUUUAUCAAAGAGUUGAUAGGAUAGCUCAUAAACAUUUCAUGUGUGAACCAUGUUAUAAUUCUUGUCAAAAAUCGGCCAAUCUACCAAUCACUAUCCCAAACUUGUAG